UUUAUAGUAGCCUCUGCCCUACAAAAGUCCGCCAUUAUCUCGUCUUCAAAAACUUAAAAAUACUUCCAUCUCUCUCUCUUGAUCUCUGUAAUGGAAAGUCGAUUCAAGCACAAGCUCUCUCGCAUGUUCCGGGGAUCAUUCGGGUCGUGCCGGACUAGAAACUUGACAGAUGUCAUUGAAAAAUCGGCAUUGCCGCCGGAGGAAAAUCAUAGCUUCCACAUGAUGGAGCCCAUUAUUUCUCAAAAGCUUCGACCUUUUCCCUCCAUUUGUCGACCCACCGAACAAAUCGAUAACAACUGUAUUAUGUCCACCAUGGACGUGAUGCUUCCGAGGGCCAAACUCUCCGAGAAAAUCACGCCGUUCGUCAGGGUGGAUUCUUUCAGUGGCCGGAGCUGUCCUCGGGCGUCCCCUGUCUUUCCACUGAAUCCAUUUUACGAGCUGAGAAAUAGUAAUAUUAGGCAGAGGAAGAGUAAGAAUAACUCUGGGAAGAAGCACAAGAAGGAAAAGAGCAAGAAGAAAACGACGACGGCGACAAUGACGAAGAAGAAGAACCCAAAGAGCUUCAAGAACAAGGAUUACUUUGCUCCCUUCAGUUCGUCUUCUCUGGACAGUAAUCUCGGUGGGUGGUGGUUCAGUAGCGAAGACGAAGACCAAACCUACGACGAACGAGAGGACGAAACAGAAACUCUGUUUUUCUCUUCCAAGAGCCUAUCUUCCGACUCGUCGGAGCAACGCCGGCGUCGGAGGAACCACCGGAGUGAUAAAACUGGUCUCCGAAGAAAGGCAAGCUCUGAUGUGGGCCUUGUCCCGUUACCAGGGAGAGUAAAGGAUAGCUUUGCGGUGGUGAAGAAAUCGAGUGAUCCUCAUCACGAUUUCAGAACGUCAAUGGUGGAGAUGAUCGUAGAGAAGCAGAUCUUCGCGGCCAACGAUCUCGAGCAGCUUUUGCAGUGCUUUCUCUCUUUGAAUUCGGAUCAUCAUCACAGGGUCAUUGUUGAGGUCUUUACAGAGAUUUUGGAAGCUCUGUUCUCAAACUGGGGAUCUUAAUUGAAGAAAAACGUUCUCUGUUUUCUUCUGUUGCGUAUUAAUCUUAGAUAAAUUCUAACUUUAAUUAACUUAAUUAGAGGCUGUAUUAUCCAACAUUUUCUCCUUGUGUUCUUUCUGACGGUGGAUCGCAUCGUUUGUUUUAAUGUAGAAUGGACUAUAAAGUGGCCUUUUUCUUCUUUUGUAUUUA